AUGCAAAUUUUAAAUUGUAAAUUCACUAAAUUAUUAAAAAAUACUGUCAAACAAUCAAAUAAUAUUAUAAAAGCAACUUUGACAACAGAGAUCGAAGAGCAAGAUUGGUCGCGGUGUCGUCCUUAUUCCGAAAUUCCUGGACCUAGACCCAUUCCACUUUUAGGCAAUACAUGGCGAUUUAUACCGUUUAUAGGUGAUUUCAAAAUACAGGCAGUAGAUCAAGUGUCGAAGAAAUUAUAUAAAGAAUUUGGAGAUAUUGUGAAAAUAGAAGGUCUAUUAGGUAGACCAGAUAUGGUGUUCAUCUAUGAUGCAAAUGAAAUCGAACGUAUUUUCAGACAAGAAGAAAGAAUGCCAUACAGACCUUCCAUGCCUUCGUUAAAUUACUACAAACAUGUGCUUAGAAAAGAAUUCUUCAAAGAAAAUGCCGGCGUGAUUGCUGUACAUGGUGAGAGUUGGUACAAUUUCCGCAGUAAAGUGCAACAAGUAAUAUUACAACCACGAACUGCAAGAAUGUACAUUACCUCUAUGGAAGAGGCAAGCUUAGCGUUUCUUCAAAGGAUCAAGAAAAUACGUAAUAAGAAUGACGAAGUACCUGACGAUUUUCUAAAUGAGAUUCAUAAAUGGUCACUGGAAUCUAUUGCACGUGUAGCAUUGGACGUUCGACUCGGUUGCUUGGACGAUGACGCUAACAUAGAAACCCAACAAUUAAUCGAUGCGGUUACCACAUUCUUUAAGAACGUAGGAAUAUUAGAAUUAAAAAUCCCAUUCUGGAAAUUAUUUAAUACUCCUACUUGGUUGAAAUAUGUGAAUGCUCUCGAUACCAUAUUAAGUAUAACGUCUAAAUAUACAACGGCAGCUCUCUCGAAGACAAAAGAAGCAGAGAAAUCUGACAAAGAACCGUCUUUGCUGGAAAGAGUUUUAACACUAGAAAACGAUACAAAAUUAGCUACGAUACUUUCUCUUGAUUUAUUUUUAGUUGGUAUCGAUACGACAUCCAGCGCGGUUGCAUCAACGCUCUAUCAAUUAGCAUUGCAUCCUGAUGAGCAAGAUCGUGCUUACAAUGAAGUGUGCAACAUCCUUCCGAACAAAGAUAUGCAACUUGAUGGGAAACAUUUGGAUAAAUUGAAAUAUUUAAAAGCAUGUAUUAAGGAAACGUUAAGGAUGUAUCCGGUGGUUAUCGGCAAUGGACGAUGCAUGACCAAAGAUACAAUAAUCAAAGGAUAUCGCGUACCAAAAGGCGUUCAAGUGGUCUUUCAACAUUAUGUCAUAAGUAAUCUUGACAAGUAUUUUCCACGUAGCGACAAGUUCCUUCCAGAGAGAUGGUUUCAAAGUGACGGCGUGCGUCAUAGCUUUGCCUCGCUUCCGUUCGGUUACGGAAGAAGAAUGUGUCUCGGUCGACGUUUCGCCGAGCUCGAGAUGCUCAUUGUAAUCAGUAAAAUUUUGCAACGUUACAAAAUUGAAUAUCACCAUGAGAAAUUAGAGUAUUACAUAAAUCCUAUGUACACGCCUAAAGGAUCCUUAAAUUUAAAAUUUAUUGAUAGAUAA